UUUGCAAACCCAGAUCUGGGAUUUGGGUUUCUCUCUCAAACUUCAUCUUCUUCCUCCUUUCCUCCUCCUUUCUCAUCCUUCUUCUUUCUUCUUCUUUCUUCUUCUUUCUCUCUCUCUUCUCCCUUCCUUUUUUGAGUUCUCUUUUUGUAGCAAACAAUGGUAAGAGGUUCUUCACAAUCCCAAGCCUCUUCCUCAUCCACCUCAAGGCCUGGUGUCAUAGCCCCCACGCGGCUCUGCGGCAGCAACGGCUGGUAUGCGUUGUCACAAGCUCACUGUAGGCUCAGCCACGUCGGGAUCUAGCUCUGUUAGCUCCGACUUCGGUAGUAACAUGUUGUGCUUUUAUAUUGACGAUGCCCUCGGCUUGAAGAUCUCACCCACCAUUGUCCUUGUCAUGAGUCUCUGCUUCAUCGGCUUUGUCACUGCUCUUCAUUUGUUUGGCAUGAAUCUUUGAUAUUUACAAGUCUUUGAUUCCGAUGAAAUCUUGACGGUUAGGUUUCCAAUUACCCUUAAUCGUGGACCCAUCUUGUUGAUUUCCCCCAAUCUAACUCCCAAUCUAGGGUUUUUUGCAUUUCCACCCAUCCCCCACAAUUCUUCAGUGCUAGUUGAAGAUUUACAAUUUUUGAGAUUGCUGUCUUUGUUACACAACAAAUUUUAUAGUUCUGAGAAUUGAUUCGUUAUUCUUAUGGUACAAUUCUUAUUCUCCUACUCGUAAUCUUGGGGUUUGAUUCACU